UCUGUUAUUUAUAUGCAGCCUCUCAUGGAUAACCUUGAGGCUCAAACCUACGAGACAUUUGAGAAAGAUGUAGUGAAAUACAUUCAGUACCAAAGGGCAAUUUGUAAAGCUUUGCAAGAUAGAGUUCCUGAAGAAAAAGCAUCAACACUAACCAUUGUAUUGAUGGUUGUAGGAGCAGGGCGAGGACCUCUUGUCAGGGCAUCAUUGCAGGCUGCUGAAGAAACUGACCGCAAGCUUAAAAUUUAUGCUGUGGAGAAAAAUCCAAAUGCAAUUGAUACACUACAUGUGAGUUAA